UGCAAGUAUGUUAUAUGCGUGCACCAAUAUGCCAGAAUGGAAUCCAAUAUUCAGGCAUAACUCCGUCGCACUGAUGGUUUGCUUGUUUGCUUGUUUGUUUGUUUUUUAAAGAGGACAACGACAAGCGUACGUGACACGAAAACCCUUAGGCAGAUGCUCACUGGAGAACAUGAAAACUCCUGAUGCUUGCACCAAAUAUGUGUCAUCUCCACGGAUGUAAGCGAUACCAACUCUGUGUCAUGCAGGCGUGCUGAAUGGGGGCUGCUACCGAAGCAGCCCUAAGGUGGGGACGAGAGAUUCUCAAGGGAGCAAUUCUUUGACUCUCGCACUCAGACCAGCCGCGAGCUUCCAGGAGGUUGCUGGCAAUGGCCUUCCCGCAAAACUGGUUGAAUCUUGAAAGUGUCUCAGCGUACACCCUGUUUUCAUGGGUUACCGGUGCUUGCACGUGCACGGUUUGAAAGUUCCACGUAAAAGAGACGCGCACGCGUCCGGUGGGCGCAGGGCACCAGACCGGAAGUGGAGGCAGAGGCCUGGUGCACUCACGUGGUCACCGCGCGGCACGAGCCUGAAGCUGGGCACGUGGGCGGGGGAGAGUACGCAGUGCGCAUGUGCAGCAACCAAAAUCCCGGAGGUCACGUCGUCGACGUCGGCCUCCUCCUGUAGUCGUCGUCCACGGCACUGACUCUGACUCGCGUGAGUGAGUGAGGCCCUUCCCGCUGACAGGGCCUGGGUACGUCACGAUGCAGCGAGGGUUAGAGCAAGCCCUUGACCGUGCAGAGGAGGUCAUUGCGAGGGCCCGGCAGAGACCCCCGGAAAGGAGAGCCCCUUCGGGCGAGGAGAAGUCUCUCCAUGAAAAGCUUUAUGACAUUUAUGUGGAAGAAUGUGGCAGAGAGCCCGAGGACCCCGAGGAACUCACAACCAGCUCCAACCUGCUAGAGAAGCUGGUUAGCAGAGAGUCGUUGCCGUGCCUAGUGUUCAGCCUGUACCCCGGAGAUAAGGGCUAUUCUGUGAUGCUGGAUGACAAAAGUGGGUCCUUUUCAGAGACCAUUUCGCUGCCCUAUGGAGAAAGUAAACUGUUGGAGUACUUGGAUGCACAACAGUUACCUCCUGUUCUGCUCGACCUCCUGAGCACCUCUCAGAUGAACCUUUUCCACAGUGGCUGCGUCAUAGCAGAAAUCCGAGACUACAGGCAGUGUGGGGGCCUGGACUCUCCUGUGUACAAAAGUAGGCAUAUUCUCUUACGUCCGACGAUGCAGACCUUAGUGUGUGAUGUAGAGGCCAUUGCAAGUGACAACCCUCCAUGGACACAGCAAGACAAGCUCACCCUUGAGAGCCAACUGGCCUUGGCUACAGCAGAACCACUGUGUCUGGACUCUUCUGUGGCAGUAGCCUGCACUGCCGACAGACUGCUGUUUAGCACGAAUGCUGCACCAAUGAUACAGUGCUUCAAGAGACGUCAGAGACCCAACCUGAGUCUGCUGGGGGAAUUGUCUCAUCAGGCUCCUCCCCCUGACUUCCAAGUACUGACUUUUGCAAAAAAAAUACAAGAAGGGAAAGCAAGUCAGGGAUACAGUGUGACAAUUACAGCCCAGAAUUAUGUAGACAAAUGGAAACAGAGACUCUGUGACCUGAACUUGCCUUCUGAAAUUGAUGCGGACAAAUAUGCCACAGGAAAGACAGGUCCCCUACCUGGUGAUGUACCACGACAUUGUUGGCCACCUCUUGUGCUAGAAUAUGAUUGUUUGUUUGAUUUGGAAAAGGAAAUUCAGGCACCAGAAAUAGACCCAAGCAUUGUGCUGUUAGGUAAUGAUCCACUUUGGUGUGAUAUGGUAGAUCCACCAAAAUUUCUCCUCCAGAGCGAGAAGCAUCCCACACACAUCGCCACUGGUGACCAUUCAGGCAGUCUCAGAGCUAGAUCAAAGACUGAUUCUGGGAGGGCAGUCAGCACAUGCCAGGAGUCUGUGCAGAGCACAGCUGCAUAUGCAGGCAAGAUGGCAUCAGGCCCCAGUGUUUCAGGCAGUGUCAGUCAACCCCUUCCAGGGGCAAAGCCAAAACACCCUAUGACCUCAGUGUUAAAGGAGUCUUCAGCAUCCACAAAAGAAGUUAGUCCAGAAGCUCCACUCUUCACACUUGCCGCCAGCUCUGGACAGUGUUCAUCAGGUCAAGAUCUCCCUGUACUACAGGACAGCAGCUCCUGGACAUUUCCACCUCUUGCUCCUGGUGCCAUGCCAGCCAGACUUUCUCAGACAUGUGGUGUAAGUCUCAGAGAAAUUAGCUCACUUCUUCCUCCUGCCCAGCCCCUUGAUAAUGCGUCAUCUCAAGGAACCCUGAUGACCCAGAACCCAGCCAGCUCCACUAGCCUGGAGGUUGUCAGUGUUACGGGCCCAGCGCAGCAAGCCCCAGUUUUGGUGAGUGGUUCACAGCCGAUGCUGCAGAGUCCCACUGAUUCUCUCGCUCCUGGAGGAAUCCUGCUCCAUGACCUUGUGAGCCCAGAAGGCCUGCAGCCCAGUACAUCGUUGGGUGGGUCGCAGUCACCUGCUGAGAGAAGUGUUUUACUUGAUAUUAGUGAUCUUAUCUCCUUAAUUCUACCCCAACUUCCAGAUGGCUCUGUCAUUUCGUCCCCACAGUCACAUUCUGAGGAGCUCCAGCCCCAGCUCAUGCUGGAGCUCGAGCUUGAGCCUGAGCCCAAGCCCCAGCUCCAGCCUCAGCCUGAGCCUAACAGCUCCAGCCCCAACCCAAACCUCAACCCCAUCCCCAGUCCUAUCACCAGCCUGAGCUCUGUCAGUGGAUUCCACAACAGCCUCAGCACCAACUUGAACCCCAACUGGAACCCCAACCGCAGCCCAAGCUGUAUCAGUUUCUACAGCAGACCCAAAUCCAACGAGAACCACAACCUGAAUUCCAACCCCAGCCCCAGCCCCAACCCCAACCUGAGCUGCAUCAAUGGAUUCUACAGCAGACCCAGCCCCAACCCCAACCCCAGCCUGAGCUGUUUCAGUGGAUUCCACAACCGCCCCAGCCCUAACUUAAACCCCAACCUGAAUCCAAGCUGUAUAAGUAUCCACAACGCAUCAGCACCCCACUACUUCUCUUCCACCACAGCCUGUCCCACAGGCUUCUGUCCAAGGUAUACCAGGUUCCUCCCACUCUGCAACAACAGCUGCAGCCCCAUGGGCACGUGCAGGGGCAGGGGGCUGCACCCAGUGUCUGUAGUGACAGUGGCUCCUCAGGCCUCUCAGAUACCCCACUGUGGCCACAUCAACAGUAGCAUCAGCAGAGGCUUGCCAGCCACCUCAAAGUCCUAA